AUGAACCGAUCGCCCUCGUCGCUAGGCCUGCUGCCACUGCCACUGCCCGGGUCGCCGUCGUCGUCGUGGGCGCUCUUCCGCGCCCGCGUCACCAGCUUCUUCCACAAGUCGGACACACCCGUUCUGGUCGCGUUCUGGCUGUUUGGCCUCAUUAACAAUGUCCUCUACGUCAUCAUCCUGUCGGCGGCCCAGGACCUCGUCGGCAACGUGCCCAAGGGCGUCGUCCUCCUUGCCGACGUCGUGCCCAGCUUCCUGACCAAGCUCGUCGCCCCCUACUUCAUCCACCGCGUCCCCUAUGCCGUUCGCAUUCUCGUCUUUGUCGCCCUGUCGACGGCCGGCAUGCUGCUCGUCGCCUUCACUCCCCCGUCACAGCCCGUCGCCGUCAAGCUCGUCGGCGUCGUCCUGUCCAGCCUCAGCAGCGGCGGCGGCGAGCUGAGCUUUCUCGGCCUGACACACUACUAUGGCCACAUGAGCUUGGCGGCGUGGGGCAGCGGGACGGGAGCCGCUGGCCUCGCCGGCGCAGGCCUGUACGUGCUGAUGACGGACUGGAUCGGCUUCAGCAUCAAGGCCAGCCUGCUCGCCUCGGCCUUCCUGCCCGUCAUCAUGCUGGUCAGCUUCUUUCUCGUUCUGCCCCACGGCCCGAUGCGCGCCGCCGUGCAGAGGGACUACGAGCCGCUGCUGUCGGAGCAGGAACCAAGCGACGAGGGGGAUGGGGAGAGUGAAAGUUUUGACACCCCUGCCGGAACGGCGUCGUCGGUCCCGUCUGUCCCGGCAGCUGCGUCGACGGCGUACUCUGCGCGCCCGGGCGACGCCAGGAUGUCGUUCCUGGCUAAUCUUCGCCGCUCCAGAUCGCUGUUCGUGCCCUACAUGCUGCCGCUGCUCCUAGUGUACAUUGCCGAGUACACCAUCAACCAAGGCGUCGCGCCCACGCUGUUGUUCCCGCUUGACGCCUCGCCCUUCGCCGAUCUCAGGGAGUUCUACCCCUUCUACGGCUUCCUGUACCAGCUAGGCGUCUUCAUCUCGCGCUCGUCGUCGCCGUUCAUCCGCAUCCGCCACCUCUACCUGCCGUCGAUCCUACAGGUUGUCAACCUGGUGUUGCUGACGCUCCACGCCCUCCUCAACUUCAUCCCUUCGGUGUAUCUUGUGUUUGCCGUCGUCUUCUGGGAGGGGCUGCUCGGCGGUGCUGUCUAUGUCAACACGUUUGCCAAGAUCAUGGAGGACGUGCCGGUCGAGGACCGCGAGUUCAGCCUGGGCGCCACGUCAGUCAGCGACAGCGGCGGCAUCUGCGUCGCUGGCUUCGUCGGCAUGGCCAUGGAGGUCUGGCUGUGCGACUGGCAGGUGCAGCAUGGGAGGGACUGGUGCCGGCGCAUCAGGGCGGGUUGA